GAGCCAACUGACCCGCCAGAUUAUGUUCCACUACAAGAAAAAUUGGAUUCUAUGGAUUUUGGCAAGAUUGAAGCGCAGUUCGAGUUAUUCAGAAACCAGAACAUGAUCAAAUUCACUGCACUGCCCAAACCACAGUAUUUUCCUCAAGCCGAAGAGUGUUACAAUUUUCAUAAUCAUGAAAGACGAAACGAACGUGAAAAUCGUCAGCAGGUUGGCUAUCGUUUGAAAAAGUUGUUAGCUGCAUCGCUGGGAUUUAUUUAUGAACGAAGCAUCAAAAUGUAA